UUGGGGCGUGCGCGUUGUCUGGGGGAGAGCCUGGAGCAGGGGCAGCGAGGCGGCUCUGCGGGGGCGCAGAUGGCGACCCAGGUGGAGGCUCUCAUGCCCGCGAACUCUCUGCUGCCCUCCGAGGAGCACGGGCGGGUGAUCAAGAAGCCCCAGGAGAAAGGCGAGCGCCUCAUGCACCAAGGGGAGAAGGCCCACGCCGACGAGGGCAAGGGGGGCGGCCUCGACAGCUGCAGCAAGGAAGGCGGCGGCGGCGUGGGGGAGCAUCUGCGCAGGAACGGGGCCCUCAAGCCCCCCAGCAUCAAGCAGCAGAAGGAGGACAGCAACCACCAGGAGAAGGAGAACCUGCUGCACCAGAGGAGCGCCGGCGAAUCCAACCGGCUGCCCUGCGAGGCCGGCGGCGGCAGCAGUAGCGGCGGCGAGGAGGGCGGCGAGCAGGGCGGCGUCGGGCGCAAGGAAUUCAUCGAGGCCCCCCCGCCCAAGGUGAACCCCUGGACUAAGAACGCCCCCGCGGCCCUGGUCACCCUCAACGGACAGUCUCCUCCAGAGCAUUCAACCCCAGCCAAGGUGGUGAAAGCGGCAAACCCAAGACAACGGAAAGGAAGCAAAGUUGGUGACUUUGGGGAUGCCACGAACUGGCCGACGCCAGGAGAAAUAGCUCACAAGUGUGUCCAGCAAUUGGCACAUAAGCCCCAAUCCCUUCGGAAGCUGCCUGUUAAGAAGAACAUGAAGGAACAGGAGAAGGGGGAAGGAAGUGAUGGCAAAGAGAACAUGAAAACCAGGUCAGAUGAAUCUGGAGAAGAGAAGAAUGGAGACGAUGACAACCAGAAAUCAGCUCAGAAGAAGAAGGGCAACAGGCAUAAGUGGGUUCCACUGCAAAUAGACAUGAAGUCUGAGGUGCCAAGGGACAAAAUUGCUUCUCGCAACAACAGACAGAAUGAACAGCACCCGCACCCUUCCAACAACCGCAGUGAAUCAAAAGGUUGGCAUCUGGAUAACAAGCAUGAACGGAAUUGGGCUGAUCAUGAUGAAACUUCCAGUGUGAAGAGUGAGGGCGCAGCUGUGCGUGGGGCCUUCAGGGGCAGAGGCCGUGGUCGGGGACGGGGGAGAGGAAGAGGAAGAGGAGGUACUCGCUCUCACUUUGAUUAUCAGUACGGUUACCGGAAAUUUGAUGGCUCUGAUGGCUCUCGUGGUCAGAAAUACACCAGUAACAUCACCUAUUACUUUGACAACAUCAGCAGCACUGAGCUCUACAGUGUUGACCAAGAGUUGCUCAAGGACUAUAUCAAACGGCAAAUAGAAUACUACUUCAGUGUGGACAACCUGGAACGAGACUUUUUCCUGAGGCGGAAGAUGGACACAGAAGGUUUCCUUCCUAUCACCCUCAUUGCCAGUUUCCAUCGAGUACAGGCCUUGACUACAGAUGUUGGCCUUAUCAUUAAGGCACUGAAGGACAGCAAAGUGGUAGAGAUUGUGGAUCAGAAGAUCAGGAGAAAGGAAGAACCAGAGAAAUGGCCUUUACCUGGACCUCCCAUGACAGACUAUACACAAACUGACUUCUCCCAGCUCAUCAAUUGCCCAGAGUUUGUGCCCAGACAGAGCUUCCAAAAGGAGACAGAAUCUGCACCUGGGUCUCCCCGCUCUGCCAGUCCUGUGCCAACCAAAACAGAGGAAGUUAGUAAUCUGAAGACAAUGCCCAAGGGUCUUUCUGCCAGCCUGCCAGACUUGGACUCGGAGACGUGGAUUGAGGUGAAGAAGAGGCCUAGGCCUUCCCCGGCCAGACCCAAGAAACCGGAAGAAUCCAAGAUUCCUCAGAAGCAGAAGGACCAGGAUGAACCUGAAGAACUGGACUUCCUGUUUGAUGAGGAAAUGGAACAGAUGGAUGGCCGUAAAAACACCUUCACUGAUUGGUCAGAUGAGGAUUCAGACUAUGAGAUUGAUGACAGGGAUGUGAACAAGAUUUUGAUUGUGACUCAGACACCCCCUUAUCUGCGCCGGCACCCAGGGGGAGAUAGAACAGGCAAUCACACAUCCAGGGCGAAGAUGAGCUCAGAGUUGGCCAAGGUGAUCAAUGAUGGACUUUAUUACUAUGAACAGGACCUGUGGACAGAGCAGUUUGAGCCAGAGUACUCCCAGAUAAAGCAAGAAGUUGAGAAUUUCAAGAAGGUGAAUAUGAUAAGCCGAGAGCAGUUUGAUACUCUGACCCCAGAACCUCCUGUGGACCCAAAUCAGGAAGUCCCACCUGGUCCACCCAGGUUCCAGCAAGUUCCUACGGAUGCACUGGCCAAUAAGCUCUUUGGUGUGCCAGAGCCUUCAACCAUUGCCCGAUCUUUGCCAACAACUGUGCCAGAAUCCCCAAACUACCGCAAUGCCAGGACUCCACGAACCCCUCGAACACCUCAGCUGAAAGACCCAACGCAGACGCCCCGGUUUUACCCAGUGGUUAAAGAAGGCAGGUUGAUAGAUGCCAAGACACCCCGGAAGAGGAAGACACGGCAUAGUUCGAAUCCUCCAAUGGAAUGCCAUGUUGGUUGGGUGAUGGAUUCCCGAGAACAUAGACCUCGAACCGCAUCCAUCAGUUCCAGCCCUUCAGAAGGCACCCCAGCCGUUGGCAGCUAUGGGUGCACUCCACAGUCAUUGCCCAAGUUCCAGCACCCCUCCCACGAACUCCUUAAGGAGAAUGGUUUCACACAACACGUCUACCACAAAUAUCGCCGGCGCUGCCUUAAUGAACGGAAGCGUCUGGGCAUUGGUCAGUCCCAGGAAAUGAACACGCUGUUCAGAUUCUGGUCGUUCUUUCUUCGUGAUCACUUUAAUAAAAAAAUGUAUGAGGAGUUCAAGCAGCUGGCCUUGGAAGAUGCAAAAGAAGGGUACAGGUAUGGACUGGAGUGCCUUUUUAGAUACUACAGCUAUGGGCUGGAGAAAAAAUUCCGGCCUGACAUAUUUAAGGACUUUCAAGAAGAAACUGUAAAAGAUUAUGAAGCUGGGCAACUGUAUGGGCUUGAAAAGUUUUGGGCCUUCUUAAAAUAUUCCAAAGCCAAAAACUUGGACAUUGACAGCAAACUGCAAGAAUACCUCAGCAAAUUCCGGCGCCUUGAAGACUUCAGAGUGGAUCCCCCUAUAGGAGAAGAAGGUGGCCAGAAGAGAUAUCCAUCAGCAUUGGGAGUAGACGGAAGGAAGCGAUAUCCAUCCCAGUCUUCCAGCAAAUCAGUCAGCCAGACCCCCUCCAAUCAAGCCCCUGCUUCAUCUAGCCAAGCCCCCACCUCGUCUAGUCAGCCUGUGCAAGAGGAUGCCAAAAACCUGAGCCAGCCACAUGCUGUUUCCACAACCACUGUGGAAACUCAAACAAUGGGGAAAUAGACACACCAGAACAUCUGAUGGAAAGGAGGGCAGGGACAGAAAAGGAGUUGGAAUGUGGGUGUUCAAGACUAGGCUGCUUGCGGGAGGUGGGGACUACAAUGCACAUGAUUUCCCUUGUUGGCUGGAGAAACC